AGUGUAAGUAGCGACCUUAGGCUGCGGUGUGUUUGGGAAAGCGAGAGUGUUGGGCUGCGGGCAUUUACUUGGAUACUGUUUAGAAUACACAAGCCAUGGAUAUUCGGCCAAAUCACACUGUCUACAUCAACAACCUCUGUGAUAAAGUUAAGAAACCAGAGCUGAAGCGGUCAUUGUACGCGCUGUUCUCACAGUUUGGCCAUGUGGUAGACAUUGUGGCAUUAAAGACCAUGAAAAUGAGAGGACAAGGAUUUGUAAUAUUUAAAGAGCUAAGUUCUGCAACAAAUGCUCUCCGGCAGUUACAGGGCUUCCCCUUUUAUAGUAAACCAAUGCGCAUCCAGUAUGCAAAGACUGACUCUGAUGUCGUACUAAAGAUGAAAGGCACAUUUGCUGACAAAGAGAAGAAGAAAGAGAAGAAGAAAGCCAAAGCACAAGAACAGGCAGCUAAUGCUGCAAAUAAAAAGCCUGCUCUGGCACCGAAUGCAAAUAAUGUGCCAUCAGCAUCCCAGAAUCCACAGGUGCCGGACAACCCUCCAAAUUACAUCCUCUUUCUAAAUAACUUGCCUGAAGAGACCAAUGAGAUGAUGCUUUCUAUGUUAUUUAACCAAUUUCCCGGCUUCAAAGAAGUGCGUCUAGUCCCGGGUAGGCACGACAUUGCGUUUGUGGAGUUUGACAACGAAACAGAAGCAGGAUCGGCUCGAGAUGCACUUCAGGGAUUUAAGAUUACACCUUCCAAUGCUAUGAAAAUUACAUUCGCUAAAAAAUAGAGCAGAAGGAGGACACUGAUGGACUUAUUUAUGUUUUGGUUCUGUCCCGCUGUCCCCCAUGAACUGGUGAAGAUGAAAAGGUUGUGUUUUAUUAGUUUUUUUUUUGUUAGACUCUUGCAAUAAAAGCAGCAUUGCGUUUUUUUUAUUUUCUAA